CCUCAUUGGUCGGAUGCAGGCUCGUCCAGAGACACGUCAAAACGGCUGGCUGUGUAAUGUCUUUACUUUUGCCGCCACGCGUUCCUGUCGCACUGACGGUGCGUAAAGACCGAAGGCAGGACGCGCAGCGCAAUUGGGAUAGAAACGCCGCUGUCCAACGUUCCAAGUUACUUUAACCUCUCCCCGUGUACAAUCUCCAAUGAAGAUUUUGCUUAUUCCGUCAAAUUACUAUCCGUGAGAUUUCGCUUUUUUAGCCAUGAGCUGCUUGGAUGUUAUGUAUCAAGUGUAUGGUCCACCACCUCAGCCUUAUUUUGCCGCAGCGUAUAGCCCAUAUCAUCACCAGAAAUUGGCAUUUUAUUCCAAAAUGCAAGAAGCGCAAGAGAGCAUCAGCGGGGGCAGCUCGUUCUCAAAUCUCCCUGGGCCGACGAUAAAGGAGGAAGACUGCGCGCGAGAGAAGGAUCACCCUCCGGAGGCCGAGUACCUGAACUCGCGAUGCGUACUUUUCACCUACUUCCACGGGGACAUCAGCUCCGUGGUGGACGAGCACUUCAGCCGGGCCCUCAGCCAGCCAACCAGCUACGUCCACGGGUCGGCUAGCAACAAGUCUGCACGAGAUGGAUUAUUCCCGAUGAGCCAGAGGAGUUUCCCCCCAUCCUUCUGGAACAGUGCUUACCAGCCCUCGUCCCUGAGCAGUGCCUUAGGAUCCUCCUACUCAGACAUACCCUUCCCUGGGGACCCCUACUCCUCUGCCUCUCUACACAGCCACCUCCACCAGGCCACCCCAGAGCCCUGGCACCACUCACACCACCACCACCAUUCUUACUCACUCGGUGGGGCCAUCGGCACCCAGGGCUCCCCCUACCCUCGACCCAGCAUGCACGAAGUCUACGGCACGCACUUUGACCCCCGCUACAGUUCUCUGCUGGUGCCCUCUGUCCGGCCGCACCGGCUUCCUCCAUCCACUGUCCCCGGACCCAGUGCCUCACCGUGUGACAUUGGGAAGAGCGAGUCAGCCAGCUCGGCCUGGACUGGGGCGUUCACAGGGGCAGGGGCAGACAUCAGCCAGAGCAUCGGCCUCAAUGUGGAUGCAGGUCUGCAGGUCCAGGAUAAGAGCAAGGACUUGUACUGGUUUUAAAGCUCUGCUGCCCUCCCAGGCCCGAGCUGGCCUCUGUGUUUCUCUGCACUGUAUGAUAUUGACAGACAUUUUCUGUAACAGAUUCUAAUCUCACUUGCAGCUCGACGCUACACCUUCAGUGGCGGAAACAUCCUCAGCUGAAAUUACUCGGAUACUCUCUGCUGGAAAUGCAGUGGACAAGGGGAGAAUCUAAAACUCUCUCCUACUAAAGAGAAAGGAGGGGAGAAACCAUGCAGGACUUGCUGGACAGCUUGCCAGAAAUGCUCUGUGGUGUGACUGACAAAAUGUUAUCUGGCCAAGACUGAACACUUUCCUCCAAAGAGGACACUUGUUGAAAAAGAAAAAAAAGAGUGAAACUGGAAAGUAAAAAAUUAGAUUUGACGAGAGCAUACUCGAAGACUGGAAAAACACUAUUUGCUAUUGUGUUUUUUUUAUAUAUAUAUAUAUAUAUAUAUAUAUAUAUAUGAAAGGAGAGGAGCAAGAGAGAGGAGCAUUCUCUAACAUGACUGAAGUGAGCAGCGGCUAUUUGAAGCCAUUUGACUCUGUCUUGCUCCCCAGCAGCUGUCAACGACAACUGUUUCAGUACUCAACGGACACACACAAUUGUAGUGUCACUGCACAGUGUUUGACCAGGGGCUCUGGACUUCAUAAAUUGAGCAUUUUGUCAAAUCUGGGCCUCGACCCACAGGGAACAACUGGUUUGACUGAUGAUUUUGAGGUGCGGGGUGGACAGGAGGUAGCAGAAGUGGACACGAGGUAGCAGAAGUGGACACGCACAACUGUGCUAUGUAUGUCUGUGUGCCAUAUCUGGGCAGUGCUACAGUAUAUGUGAUCUUUAUGUACUUAUUCCCCAUUGUUUUUCAGUCAUCCCAGGUAUAAAGCAAAGUCAAAAUCAAACAGUCAUUAUCCAUGGUAUAUUGUAUUGUGAACAUAUUAAUAUAUUGACCUUUUAAAGUAUUUUUUCUUGAUACAGUUGUAAUGUAAUGUCAAUGUGUUGUAUGCCUCAGCCUGUAAUUAUAAAGCAAUGGGACAAUGUGAUUAAAACUCAACUUUAGAGAUAAAAUGCGUAGUCUAUAGAAUACACAAUUUCAUAGACAGUUCAUUUGAAAACUAUCCAGUUUGAUGUGAGUUCUGGUUAAUUUCGUCAAUGAUAUAAUGUGUACAAAAUAGAUAUGGUUCAGCCAUCUGCAAGCACAACUUAAAGGAAAAGUCCACCCCCAAACUUUUGGUAUUUGUUUCAUUAGUCUAUUGUUGACAAAAAAAUGUUUUACUUGUCAGCAAUCAAGUUCUCAAGAUAUGUAACCUUCAAAAUACAGAACUCAUCCCCUACGAUGUAACUUGCAUCAUGUGAUGCUGUGUUUUGCAUCAUAUGACAACAAUGGACUAAUGAAACAAAUACCAAAAGAUAGUUUUGGGGUGGACUUUUCCUUUAGGUGUUCAAUUUUUAACUUCCACUAAUGCAUUGUCAGUGUACUGGGGUUUGCAUUAACCUUAAAUCAUUCUCUUGUAGAUACUGAAUGCUGAUGCUUCAACUUGUCAAUGUAAAGACAUAUUUCUAAAGGGCAUUCAAUACCGAACACCAGCAAAAAGUCUAUGAAGUAUUUGUACAGAAUAGUAUUUGACCUUGUCUGGAAGAAUACUAUUCAAGAACAUUCAACUAAGAUGUUCUUGAGAAGAGCUACUUUAUUAAGGACAAAUGGAUUGUGAUAUGUGGUUGUCCCACCUAGCUAUCUUAAGAUGAAUGCUCCAACUGUGCGUCACUAAAUAAGAGUGUCCGCUAAAUGACUCAAAUGUUCAAAUGUAAGAGGCCAGGGAUAUUUCUUUCACUAUAUUCAACACCGUCUCUAUUUUCUCCAAGGACAUACUUUUCUCCUCGAAGACAUACAAAAGGCUACAUACAAACAGGCCACAAUUAACACAGAACUUAAUGAUCGGAGGGAGAAAAGGCAAUGGAACGGUCAUAAGAAUCAGGGGGCUGAAAAGGACACAGGGGAAAGAAAAGACCAUUCCAACAAAUUCAAACAAAAAUAAUGUGUGAGGCUGCCGUCAUGUGUUCCCUUUCUUGGUUGUGUUUCAGUUUAGCACUGGACAGCUGUAGAUUAAUAUCAGCUUCUGGCAAAAGUGAUGAAUGACAAGAGAGAGGUGGAGGGUCUCUCACUCCCCAGAGAACCUCCUAACAAAGGAAUAUUCUCAGAGACAUUUUUGUUUUUAGCAGUUAAUGGGGAUGAUGUGCAAUUGGCAGGUAAAAUAGGCCACAUGCAGUGUUUGGGUCAAUUAAUUACUGCAUCUAGGCUAAGUGGAAAAUUAUUGAUGCGUUUUAAAUCUAUUAGUGUGUGUGUGUUCUUAUAACAUAAUUGUUAUUGGUAGCCUAACAUCAAAGUGUGGGCUAUUCAGCGACAUCAUGGGUAAAAACAAUUGCUAGUUUAAAUGGGAUAUAUAGCCUACUAUGAAAAAAGGCCAUAGCAUAAUAGAUUGGUGUGUAGGCAAUAACAGACCACUGUUUUGUUUGAGUGUGCCACCCAGAACUGUUCAUAUGGAAAACGUGAGUCUUGUUCCCAUGCCGUCGGCACCACGUGUCUGACUCAGACCUGUUGCAAAGCGUGCGAGCAGGCUGGUCCUCGGAACAUGCGACCGGACACUCGAUAGCCUUUCGUGUCUCCUAUUAGGUAUAUUUGUGAGGUUAACGCAUAAACUGAAGGCAAGAACUCGGAAAUUGUUGGUUGCUAUAGAGAUCGAGCGGAGCUGUCAUUAACAUUAUCCAAAAAAACACCAUUUACGGAGUGUGUGAUCUGGCUCCAGUUGUCACUGUGCGUGACCUUCAGCCUCUGCGGGACAAUGAGCUACCACGGAGUUACCGCAAGUCAGCACAAAGACAACAGGAGCACUGCCUCCGCUAUUCCAGCACCAUCUCAACUUAAGCAUUUAAACAUCAAAUCAGCAAAGCUAUAUAUGCUUAGUUUAGUACACUGAAAACACACUUAAAGAUACCAAAAACAAUUUAAUCCAAUCAAUGUUGCUAAAUAUUAUGUCCAUGGUACUUAUUUCUGUCUGUGUGCGUGCCCAAGUUUUAAAAAAGAAAAAAGAAAAGUUGACUCAUACUACUUGUAGACUGGUUGAAUGCCAAUCCCAUCCUCCUCUCUUUCAUGUUGGAAAAACGGUCUAUGGCUCUGUCAUACAGUAUGCUUUUAGUUUUCAUAGGCUACCUAGCUAAAAUGUUUGCUAGCCUAACUUCCUCGCAUAGUCAAAAAUGAACCAGCUAAGUUAGCUAGCUAGUUAAUGUGAGCCUACUAGACUACAUAUUGAACUUCAAUCGUCUCAGGCCAGUGACAAUAUAUAUUAAUUUAUGAUUAGAUCAGAAUUGCCAUCAUAAUCAUUGGCCUGUAUUGUGAAUUUAGUCAAAACCACCAGUCCAAAUCCCCAUCUCCACCUAUGGCUUAGGAAAAGCGUCAAUUUAGCAAGCUAGCUACUGCAGGACAUCAACACAAGCAGACCAGAAACAGACACGUUUUUCUGACAAUGAAGAUGUUUAGCUUAGGAUGUGAUUUGAUUGGUGUGAAGCCAAAUCCGAACUGGCCUCCCUUGGGGGGCAUUUUGCAGUGCCAGGACAACCCACAGUUGAGCUCAGUUCAAAGCUGAUUGGCUAAUAUAUAUUUUUUUUAAUUAUCAAGGGAGGCCAACUGCUUACUGGCAUCAAUCAAUCAAAUGCUAGUGCGGCAACAUGUCAUACUCUUUUGUUCCAAACAGAAUCAGAUACAUGAUCUACACAUACUGAGACAGAACUGCGCAGUUUCCCUCUCUCAGGUGAUUUCUCCGGUGAGAUUCAGCCACUUGCGAAUUGACCGACAAUUAUGAAAACACAGAGAGAUUAAAAUGAUUUUAUAUAUAUUUUUUUCUAGGUCAAGUAUUUGGGGAAGCCUAGCUUCCCUUGGUGUCCAGGAAAACUUGCCACUGCCUACCAUAAGACAUUUGGAUCACUGUGCAUAUUAAUUACUUUAGGCUUCUUCAAUAUGCAAAGAAGUACAUCACUUCUACAGUGAUUGAUAGGCUAUCAAAUGCAUACAUACUCAAGUAAGAAAAUGUUCCUACACUGGCCUUCUCACUAUGGUCUCAUAAAAUGUGCACCUAUACUGUGGACAGUUUACUUGUGCUUGCCAAUAUAGAAGGUAUACAUCAACACAUAUCAGUUUAGCCUGUGUGCUUAAAAUGACAUAAACCUGUAGUGGUUUAUCACAACCAUGCAAAUAAACCAUUGUCACUAUUUACAUUUGUUUGAGAAUAUCAUUACCCUCAGAAUUAAAAAGUGCAUCUGGGAUAUUCCAUCCUCCACAGUUGGAGCGAGGCUUGCCUUGUAAUAUAACCUCCGAGAGUUGAAAUAUGAUUCUAAACACAUGCCAGGCUAAAUUGCAGAAGGCA